GAUCUCUGCAGAGAGAAGAAGAUAAUCACUCUCUGUAUGCCCCCGCACUCGUCGCACGUGUUGCAGCUACUUAACGUCACCUGCUUCUUGCCACUAAAGCGCCUGUAUGGCGAUGAGCAUAUACAAGACUUAGCACGCAAGCACGUCUUCUAUAUUAAUAUAGAAGGCUUUCUCCCUGCCUUUAAGGACGCGUUUUUUAAUAUAUUUAUAGCAGAGAACUGUUGCAAGGCCUUUAAGGCAGCAGGGCUAGUCCCUCUUAACACGCAGGUUGUGUUAGAUCACCUUAAAGUGCACCUGCGUACC